AUGGUUAAAUCGUACUUGAAAUAUGAGCAUGCCAAAGCCUUUGGCGUGGUCGCAUCAAGCAGCUCGAACAUUGUCUGGAUUGCGAACGAUCGGAACGGCUCUGGCGUUGGCCAAGCGGUUGUCGCCGCGAACGAAGAGGUUCUUUGCUGGGAUAUAAAGAAGGGCGAACUGCUGAGCCGUUGGCGCGAUGACAGAUGCACUGUUCCCGUCACCUGCAUUGCGCAGAGCCAGACUGACAAGGACGUUUUUGCGGUCGGUUACGAGGACGGUAGCAUUCGCCUUUGGGACAGCAAGAUUUCUACCGUCAUUGUGAGCUUCAACGGCCACAAAUCGGCCAUCACCAAACUUGAUUUCGAUAAAGCCGGAAUUCGACUCGCAAGCGGAUCGAAAGACACCGACGUCAUCAUAUGGGAUCUGGUUGCCGAAGUUGGGCAAUUCAAGCUGAGAGGGCACAAGGAUCAAAUUACUGGCCUGCGGUUUAUCGAGCCAGAUGCUCAAGUCCAGGACGAAGACGGUUCUCGUGCGAUGGUGUUGGAUGGGGAGAAAAGCUCGGACGGCUUCAUAUUGACGACUGGAAAAGACUCAUUGUUGAAGCUUUGGGAUCUCUCCUCUCGACACUGCAUCGAAACACACAUGUCACAGACGAAUGGCGAAUGCUGGGCCCUCGGAGUCACACCGAGUUUAGAAGGAUGCAUCACGGCAGGAAACGACGGAGAGAUGAAGGUUUGGUCGCUUGACGUCAGCAGUCUGGCUGCCAGUGCUGGCAGGGUUGACGUGGCUGCUACAAAAUUUAUCACCGAUCGCGGAACCCUGCAUCGACGGAAUAAGGAUCGCGCUGUGGAAGUCGAAUUUCACCCUAAAAAGGACUAUUUCGCUGUCCACGGCUCAGACAAGGCCGUGGAGAUAUGGCGCAUAAGAAGCGAAAUAGAGGUCAAGAAAGGUCUUGCCCGCAAACGACAAAGGCGUCGCGCAAAGCAAAAAGACUCAAAGCAGGACGAACAGGAAGCUGAGGAAGACGACGCUGCAGUGGAUGCUGCAUCAGCAGAUAUCUCCGACGUUUUUGUUCAAUAUGUUAUGAUUAGAACGGGAGGUAAGCUGCGCUCUGCUGCUUGGGCUGUACCAAGUGGACAAAAGGAUCUUCAUCUCCUGGUUGGCACCACAAACAACCAGUUGGAAUACUUUAAAGUCCAGUCGAAGGAGAAGAGCGAAAAGAAGUCGAAGCAAGAUAUCCCCGAUUACACGCGAGCCCUCUCCGUCGACCUCCCUGGUCACCGGGCUGAUGUUAGAACACUUUCGCUGAGCUCUGACGAUAAGAUGCUGGCAACGGCAGCAAACGGAUCGCUAAAAAUAUGGAACAUCAAAACCCAAGCUUGCAUCCGCACCUUUGAAUGCGGAUAUGCUCUGAGCUGCGCAUUUCUUCCCGGAGACAAAGUUGUUGUUGUCGGAACCAAGAGCGGCGAGCUGCAACUGUUUGAUGUGGCUUCGGCUGCUCUUCUCGAUAGCGUUGAAGCCCACGAAGGCGCUAUUUGGUCCUUGAAUGUUCACCCGGAUGGCCGCUCCGUGGUGUCUGGCAGUGCCGACAAGUCAGCUAAGUUCUGGGAUUUCCGCAUUGUCCAAGAGGAGAUUCUGGGCACGAAGAGAACGACUCCCAAGCUGAAGCUGGUGCAUUCAAGAACACUGAAGGUCUCAGAUGAUAUUCUGUGCCUGAAGUUCUCACCAGAUGGAAAGUAUCUUGCCGCGGCUCUUCUUGACAACACGGUCAAGGUAUUUUUCGUCGACUCUCUCAAACUAUAUCUUAAUCUUUACGGCCACAAACUACCUGUGCUCAGCAUGGACAUAUCGUAUGACAGCAAGCUGAUUGUCACAAGCUCAGCCGACAAGAAUAUCCGCGUCUGGGGUCUGGACUUUGGUGACUGCCACAAAGCCUUGUUUGGCCACCAGGACAGUAUCCUGCAAGUUGCGUUCGUACCUCACAACUCAGACAACAACGGGCACCACUUCUUCAGCAGCAGUAAAGAUCGGACCAUUCGCUACUGGGACGGUGACAAGUUUGAGCAGAUCCAGCGCCUUGAUGGCCAUCACGGCGAGGUCUGGGCCAUAGCGGUGAGCCACAGCGGCAACUUCCUUGUCAGUGCAGCUCACGACAAGAGCAUCCGCGUUUGGGACGAAACAGAUGAACAGAUCUUCCUUGAAGAAGAGCGCGAAAAGGAGAUUGAGGAGCUGUACGAGAGCACCCUGACGACAUCCCUUGAGCGGGAUGAGGAUGCCGCCGACGCCAACGGCGAGUUCGGCGCCGCCAGCAAGCAGACGACGGAGACGCUGAUGGCGGGAGAGCGAAUAGCCGAGGCGCUCGACCUGGGCAUGGCCGACCUGAACCUCAUGAGGGAGUACGAGCAGGCCAAGGAGGACAACCCGCACGCCCCGGCCCCCCAGCGCCACAUCGUCUUCAUGGCCCUCGGCAACAUCACCGCCGAGGCGUACGUCAUGUCGGUGCUGCAGAAGAUCAAGGCCGCCGCGCUGCACGACGCGCUGCUGGUGCUGCCAUUCGCGUCGGUGCCGAUGCUCUUCACGUUCCUCAACAUCUUCGCGCUGCGGUCCAUGAACGUGCCGCUCACGUGCCGCAUCCUCUUCUUCAUGCUCAAGACGCACCACAAGCAGAUCGUGGCGAGCCGCGCGAUGAAGACGAUGCUGGACGGCAUCCGCGCGAACCUGCGGGCGACGCUCAAGAAGCAAAAGGACGAGAUGGGCUUCAACCUGGCGGCGCUCAAGGUGGUGGGCAUGCAGAUUCGCGAGAACAGCGUCAAGGACUACGUGGACGACACGUGGGAGGAGGAGAACCAGGAGAGGAGCGCAAAGAAGCGCGGAUUUGUACAUGUAGCAUGA